UCAAUGACCCAGAUAAUUACACUGGGCCACAGAAUUGCACAUGGAUAAUGAAUCAUUGUUUUAAUUUAACCACCUGUGGAUAUAGCAAACCAAAGAAAUGUCCGAAACUAUAUCCUAUUCCUCCUGGUGGACUGAUAAAAGGGAAUGUUAACAAGACAUUAUUUCAUGAUGUAAAUCUAGUAAUGACACAUGUAUCAUACAAUAUUUCCAACAUUUUAUCUGCUUAUGUUAAUCACUGUGAUAAAAAUGACAAGACAUAUGCAUGGCUACAGUCACGAAUCGAUGAUUUAAUUUCUGAUUACAAAAACAGACUUGCCGUGCAAAUCUCACCUGCACGCUCGAAACGAGACCUGCUCGGAAACAUAGCGGGUCUCUUCGGCUCAAUUAAUUCCAUUGCCAACAACUACAAAAUAACCAAACAAUCACAAUACUCAACAUGGUUGGCAAACCAGGUGGCCACUGGUUUUCAGCAUAUCACAAAUAGCAAUGAAAAUAUCAUAAAAGCGGUUCGAUCCGAAGCGCAGGCGCUUCUUGCGAUCAGCCACACAUUAUUCAAUCAGACCCGUACCAUCGAACGUGACUUAGCCUGUAGGACAUAUGCACAAGAUCUAUUCACUGCUGCUAGACAAGAAAUCCUUGACCUUCGUCUGUACAAGACACCUAGGCAUGUUUUGAAUGACCUUAUAGAGAUCUUAGAUCUACAUAGGUGGUAUGAAUCAGAAAAAAUGAAAAAUGUAAGAUAUUCUGAAUUACUAUCCACCAUAAUGAUGUUUACAGGAAAUGAAUGUAAUGGAUGUAUUGGGUUUUUCGUCAGUUUUCCUUUAAUACACCCAGAUCAGGUUUUUCCAAAUUCCACUACCAUACGCUCUAUGGGCGUGGUAGUGAAGGAUCAGGUAAUUAAAUGGGAUCACCUCACUGGAUACAUGACACAAAAGGGUACUGAGACCUUGUUUACCAGUCGCACAUGUUGCCAUGAAACGCACAAUUAUGUUAUCUGUACAUGUAACACUUUGCAACCUUUCUCCCCCAAUGACACCAAACUUAUAAACGUUCAGUCACUGCAUGGUUACUAUGAUGUUAUCCAGGUGUCACAUUCACAGUGGUGCGUGGUCAGUGAGAUGAACUCUUUUACCUACGGAGGACUGGCCUGCUCUGCUAAUCACUCGUUUUGCUUGGAAGUAACAGAGGACUUUUCGAUGGGUCAAGUCAACAUUUUAGGAAGAGUGCCACUGGACACAGAGACUUCACCAUGGUGGGAUGACACUUUCUAUGAACAAGGUACCCAAGCUGUGGUUGACACGAUGGAGCUAACACAGAGACUGAUCCUGCAAACUGAAUACCACCUCAACCAAGCGCAGGUUGAGAUCAACCUAGCACGAAAGACUGCACAACUGUUAUCCAGUUCAUCCACUCGGUCGGCACAGUACACACACACCUGGUGGGACUGGGUGUUCCGGGGGUGUGCCAUUGGCAGUGCCCUGAUCUUCACCUUCACCAUUUUCCAGUGCUGUUACUUCAGGCAUCUCAUCCAAUCUACACAGGAAUCCACACACGCUGCUAUUGCCCUCAGCCCACUGCAGAUACCUGUGUUCCAAAGAAAAAAAAAAAAAAUUCUUGGCUUUGUCUGACCCCGCAGGUACCCUAUUACAAUUUUCCCGCGGGGCCAAGCGGGUACGGGGAUCCCUUGCGGUGAGUUUUCUGAGUUUUACUUUGAUUGAUCAACUAAAUGAGGACUUUAUCACAGUUAAUCCUGUGAAUGGGUUAAAGGCCUUCUGACCACACAGUGGGUAAGUCUGUUUUCAUUGUUUCAUGGCAUGGUUAGUUAAAUCUCCAUUUGCAUGAAUUGUAUGAAACGGAAAUAAGAAGGACCUUAAAUAGUCCUAACAUUGUUGUACAGUUAGAGAUUAUUUCAGAUUAUCUCCUCGGGGAUGGAAGGGAAUAACUUCAGUAAUGAUAUAUUGUUUGAUUUAUGGAGCGAGAAAGUUGAAUCUACACUUUAUAAAUUAUAUAGAAAGGGUCUGGAUUACUACGCUACCACUGAUGAUAUUCUCACAUGGUGGCGCAUGGUUGGUGUUGAACAAAGAAAAUCCAAACAUGCUGACACCAUUGAGGCUUUGAAUUUCAUGACGUGCAAGCAGCUACGUAAAAAUACUGGAAUUAUUAAGUCAAUCCUGAAUGAUAAAAGUGAUGAAUUGGGAACCAAAAAUGCUGAAUUACAAAAGUCAGAGGCAAAGAUCCAAAAUCUUCAAACUCAGAUAGAUCAACUAUCAUCUGAGCAGUUAGCCCUGGCUAAACAGUGUGAGAAGUAUAAAGACAUUAUUGCAGAUGUAAGGGCUAAACUAAUUGUGCGAGACACUAGGUCUCCCCAAACGCUUAACAGCAAUGGGACUAAAAAAGAUGCUACUUGUACUAAAGAGAAUGUAUUUUCCAGAACCCAGAAAAGUGUUCCUAUUUCAGCAAUUGGGGUGAUGCAUCAACAUGCUGGAACAGAACCGCAUGAUGUGAAUGAAGCAUUAGAGAGUCACAGACCUCCUGAAACUCCAGUAGAACCAAGCUACAGACCCGGUGGCAAAAUGAACAGGCUUUGUAGUUCCUGUCACAAAAUAGGCCAUACAGAGGAGAAAUGCUGGUCACUGGGCAGGGGCAGACCUCCACCUUAUUAUUUAAAAUGUAGGAAAUCACUUUCUAAGGGCAGAUGUAAACAAUCAAUCAAUCAAUCAAUCUUUAUUACAGACUCGGGGUCCAGAUAAAACAAAAGAAUACUACAGACAAGACAUUAAAACAAGAUAAACAACCCACACAUCAACCCACACAAUAAAUAGCUACAGAAUACAACAAUACCAAUGUCUCCAAAGCUUUGACUGAUAUCGUGUAGUACUCACACUUAUAUUAGAUAGACCCACAAUAAUCUCAUUAUUAGAAUAAUUUAGCCGGCAGAUAAAUCUAUAGAUGAGAUUUCGUAGCAGUGCUUUAAAAGUAAUUACUCUAACACUCACAAACAUUUCACUUGCACUAUGCCAUCUAGGUUUCUUAAGUAAGAUUCUCAUAGCAUCAUUAUACGCUACCUGCAGCUUCUGUAAACUUGAUGUUCUGUAGUUAAACCACAGGUGAGCAGUAUAGAGUGUAGUGCAAAAUGCUUUAAAAAGUGACACCUUCACCUCAUCUGAACAGAAACUAAACUUACGUAAAAGUGUAUUCGCCUGCAUAUACAUCAUACGCCGUUGUCUUUCUAUAUCCUCAUCAUCUGUCAUAUGUUCUGUGAUAAAAUGACCAAGGUAUUUUACUUUCACAGAUACAGUAAGACUCUUAUUAGACAGCUUAAAGACUGGAAAUGUUAUACUUUUAUCCUCCUUAGUUCUACAGAUCAUAACCACACUCUUAUCAGGAUUAUAUAAAAUAUCAUGUUUAAGACCAUACUCAGAACACAUAUUUAAAAGCUGUUGAAGACCAGCACUGCUAGGACUAAACACCACAAGAUCAUCUGCAUACAUAAUAUGAUUCACACACAUAUUCCCAAUCAUACACCCAGUUUUAUAGGCAUUCAAACAUUCUGAUAGAUCAUCCAUGUAAAGAUUGAAUAAAAUUGGGGACAAAAUCCCCCCUUGUCUCACACCA